AUGGUAAGUAAGGAAAACAAGAUAGUUAACCUGAGGCCAAAAGAAGUGGUCGACCUUAUUGUCAGCCUGCCCUCAUUGACCAUUCCUACAUCCGUUAAUUUUCAUCGUGUUACGACAAUGAAAAAAGUUGAUCCUUAUGGCGUCACUGAAACGAGCUUUCAUUCAACAGAAAAAACCUUCAGUAGUUUAGUGUGA